AAGUGAGACCGCGCGCGGCACGAGAGCAGACCUGAGCUGUAAUCGCGCGGAGCGGAGCGGAGCGGAGCGGCGCGGCUCGCGCUGUGGUGAUUUUUACCUGCGCUGUGUUCAUAUCUCACCUGUGGAGAGAGCGUCACUGCUGACGGGCUGUGGGUGAGUCCCGCGCUCAGGUGUGUUCUGGGGGUCAGGCAGAGGUUUGGUGAACUUUGGACGGUGGGAAGCUGUGACGUUGUUUUUCUGCUUUCCUCAUUGGACUGGGCGCGUGCUGUAAUGAAAUGACACCAGACUAAACCAGGUGAUCUAUGUCAUGCGGUGUGCUGAGGCGAAGCUGGUGCGUGCCUGCGAGUGUUACGAUGAGCGUCCCUGACAGCAGAAAAUCCACCUAUCAAGAUGAAACCACCUACAUUCUCCUGAUAUACCCAAGACUGUCUGUCAAAACAGCCCAGAGCUGCACCCUCAGGGUACACAAGGAUGCCACGGCUGCCAGAGUCAUCCAGAAUGCAGGGGUCACUCUGGGCCUGGAUAUGUCCAAACCCUACCAGCUUGUGGAGGUCAGGGAGUUUGGAGGUGAGGAGUGGCCCCUGCAAGCCAGCGACCGCCCGGUUGAAAGGGUGCUCCUUUGGCCGAGAAAGGUCCAAGAGAUCCACCCUCAAAGCCAUGGGUACUACUUUGCCCUUCAAUUGGGUGGUCCAGACAAGCAGAGCCAGGCAAAUCGUGUGCCCGACAUCUGCUGCCUUCAGUAUCUUCACCCAGAGAACUGCAAUGAUCUGUGCAGUCUUCCCGUUUUGACCGAGAAGAACAUCCUAGAGACGCUCCGUCACCGCUUCCUUAAGAACCAGAUUUACACUUACGCCAAUAACAUCCUUAUUGCAGUCAACCCCUUCAAGUUUCUUCCCAUCUACAACCCGAAGUAUGUGGAGUUGUACGAGAACCACACGCUGGGCCAACUGGACCCACACAUCUUUGCCAUUGCUGAUGCUGCCUUCCGUGCUAUGCUCAGCAAACACCUUAACCAGUGUAUUGUCAUCUCCGGUGAAAGUGGCUCAGGCAAGACCCAGAGCACCAACUUCCUGAUCCACUGCCUGACCGCCUUUAGCCGCAAGGGCUGCACCAGCGGUGUGGAGAGGACCAUCCUGGGGGCAGGGCCAGUGCUGGAGGCUUUUGGGAAUGCUAAAACCACAUACAACAACAACUCCAGCCGUUUUGGGAAGUUUAUCCAGGUGAACUUUUUGGAGGGUGGCAUCGUCAGAGGAGCAACUAUAGAGAAGUAUCUGCUGGAGAAGUGUCGACUGGUGUCCAGGAAGAGCUCUGAAAGGAACUAUCAUGUGUUUUACUAUCUGCUGGUUGGAGCAUCUGAGGAAGAAAGGGAGGAGUUCAAGCUGCUGGAGCCAGAAGAGUAUCACUACCUCAAACAGGAUAAUCCUCAUUUGGAAGAUGAAGCUGAAAUUCAGUAUGAAUUUAAAAGACUUCAUCAGGCCAUGGAAAUGGUUGGCUUUCUGCCUGCAACUAAGAAACAGAUAUUCUCUGUGCUGUCUGCUAUUUUGUACCUGGGUAAUGUGACUUAUGAGGCGAAAGCUGAUGAAGAGGGUCUGACAGUGGGCCCUGCAGAUGUUUUGUCCACUCUUUCUGAGCUUCUUAAGGUGAAGAAGGAGCUACUGGUGGAAGCUCUCACCAAGAGGAAAGCAAUGACAGCCAAUGAUGUCCUCAUCCUUCCAUACACACUCAGUGAGGCCAUUACUGCCCGAGACUCCAUGGCUAAGUCUCUGUACAGUUCACUGUUCGACUGGAUCGUCCUGCGGAUCAAUCACGCCCUUCUGAACAAGAGAGACAUGGAGGAUUCUGUCCCAUGUCUGUCUAUAGGAGUUCUGGAUAUAUUUGGAUUUGAGGAUUUUAAGACGAACAGCUUUGAGCAGUUCUGUAUUAACUACGCUAACGAACAGCUGCAGCAUUACUGCAAUCAGCACAUCUUCAGACUGGAGCAGGAGGAAUACCUGUCGGAGGGAAUCACCUGGAGCACGGUGGACUACUCCGAUAACAUCGGCUGCAUUAACCUGAUCAGCAAGAAGCCCACCGGACUGCUCUAUCUACUGGAUGAGGAGAGCAGUUUCCCUCAUGCCACAGAUGACACUCUGCUGGAGAAGUUUAAACAGCAGCAUCAGGAGAAUGCUUUCUUUGUGCUCACGCCGGUGAUGGAGCCCGCUUUCGUCAUCCUCCACUAUGCCGGCAAGGUCAAAUACCAGAUAAAGGACUUCAGGGCGAAGAACACUGAUCACAUGCGUCCAGGCAUGGUGGCGCUGCUGCGCAGCAGUGAGCGGGGCUACCUGAGGCAGCUGAUUGGCUCAGAUCCUGUGGCUGUGUUCCGCUGGGGCAUCCUACGGGCCACCAUACGAACGCUGGCCACUUUCAAAGAGGCCGGCCGCCGCUGGGCUGCACAACAUCCAGACUCUGUCAGACGUUAUUCCCGUCAUUCUCUGAGUGAAAUGAAGAGACCCACCUCAGCUAUUGGCAGACUGAUGAGUCAGCGCUCUCUGAUCGAGUUCUCUUUCGACCGCUCAGAGGAGAACCCACUGGAGGUGUUCGAGGACAUUUUCGCCACAUUUGAGAGUAAAAAGGAGUUGCAUGCCAAAGUCCUGUGCACCAUUAAGCGGUUAGGUGGUGAAGUUCCUCAAAAGCUCCGUCUGUCCACCAUUUCUAUGAGGAAGUUGCGUCAGUUCUCUCAAAAGAACAGAACCAACAGACACAAGCAGCUCAUUCCCAAGAACCUGAUCGACUCUCAAUCCCUGAAGAUGAUUGUGGACCUUAAUCUGCAUAACCGAGACACCAGGUCCCUCCUGCACCUCCAUAAGAAGAAGAAGCCUCCCAGCAUCAGUGCCCAGUUUCAGACGUCUCUGGUCAGGCUGCUGGACACGCUAAGGAAAGCAGAACCGUUCUUCGUCCGCUGCAUCAGAUCCAAUGCUGAGAAGAGGGAAAUGCAGUUUGAUGAAGAUCUGGUACUGAAGCAGUUGAGAUACACAGGUAUGCUGGAGACUGUUCGCAUCAAGAGAUCUGGAUAUGGAGCCAAAUACACAUUUAAGGAGUUUACAGAUGAGUUCCGGGUUCUGCUGCCAAAGAAAGCAUCCACGCCUCAGAAGGAGAUCCCCAACCUGCUGCGCAGAACGGGCAUCGACGACUCAAGCUUUCAGAUCGGCAAGACCAAGGUGUUUCUGAAGGAGGUGGACAGACAGAAGCUCCAGGAGACCCUCCACAGGGAGGUGAUGCGCCGCAUCCUCAUUCUGCAGAGGUGGUUCCGCGCCUGUCUCACCAGGAAACACUACCUGAUGAAGAGGAAAGCCAUCGUAACGCUACAGCGUUCCUGGCGAGGUUACAAUGCGUCGACCCGCUAUAGAGCAGCUGCAGUGAUCCAGAUGGCCUGGAGACAGUCUCAUCACAGAGCCGAGUACCUCCACCAGAGACAGAGCCUUCUGAAAAUGCAGCAGCUGAAGAGGCCCUCUGAACGCAGGAGAUCUACGCUGCAGGGAAACGUAAGCAAAACCGAAACUCCCAAGAUCAGCCCAGGAAUAGAGGAGAGUAAAGAAGCAACAGCACAGCCCCCUGGUGCUAUAACAAACCCCCUGCCAUCCAUACCCACCCAGACCACCUCAGUGGAGAGGAAAAGCAGGGACGAAAACAGAAGAUCUGAGGAUCGUUUGGGGACACUGAACGGUAAAGAGCCGGGUCAGAAAGAGAGAGCAGAGAAAGAGAACAAGUCUCCUUCUUCUGCCCCGACUCGCCCAGACUCUCUAGAUCUAAAGACCGGUCUGAGCUCAGUCCAGUCUGAUCAAGAUCUGCAAUCAAACACUGCACCUCUCCAGCGCUACCCCAAAACAUCCACCAUGAAAGAGAAGGUGGAGAAAUGGAAGGAGAGAAGGAGCGACAUUGGGCUUCUUGAGAGAUCCGAUUACAAAGACCUACAGCUGCAGGGCCACAAACUGAAGAGUUUAAAGUCUCGAGGGAUCUCCAUGUCUUUGGAUAACCUGUCCAAGCUCAGCUCCUCUGAGUCUGACAGCACAUCUCCAUCCACGAGUGAGGUGAGGCUGCGUAGCCGCAAACGUUUGAAGCACAAGCGGCGGCUGGCCAACCCUCGAAGCAUCCUUAUGCUUCCCCACAGCGAGGCCGUCGACCUGGAGUACUGGAACUUCCCCCUGCCCCCCAUCAGCCCUUCUGAAUCAAUUAGACUCAGGACCACGGAGGGGCUGGACGUCCAGCUGAAUAUAGACACUGAUGGCUCUAAAGUAAGCAAGAGAACCAGUGUGACGGGUCCUGGACAGCAUGGCACUCCUGAGAAGACGCCGUUCCUUGCUAAGUUCUUCCCAAAAGGCCAGAAGAAGCGUCUGACACCUCAGGAUGGGAAUAUUACCAUGGUGAAGACACUCGCUGAUGAACGAGGUGUUUCAGAUGGAAGCCCCCACUCAUACUACCCAAACCCAUACAUCACAUCCACUCUGCCCAACCGCAAACGCCGGAACCACAGCAUCCGGAUCAGCCGAGGCACGCGCGUGCAGGAGCAGUGCGACGCCUUCCUGGACAGACAGAUCACUGACUGCCACGAGCUGCGCCACCUAGACGAGUACCUGGGAAACCAGAUGAAUGAUCUCCAGUCUCAGACGAAGGUUCUCUCAGAGACUGAAGCAAUUUUUCUCACAGCGACCACCCAGUUCAGAGACACCAUCAAGAGCAUGUACUCUCUCUCUAACCCCCAGAUUAACUAUAAAGGGCUACUGCAGGGCUAUAAGAGCAAAGUGUCCAGCCUGGCUGGGCAGAAGAAGAGAGACGAGGUGCCCAUGGUGGUUAAUCUAUUCCAGUCGGUUCUGGAUAACUUCAUCAGAGCUGAGAUCAGAAAAGCCUCUUUAGACUUAGAGCCUGUGAAGCCCAAAAAAAAGGUCAAGAGGUCAAAUGAUAAAUGUCCAGAGAGUCCUUUAGACCACAGUUUCAUCACGUACCAGGUGAACAUCUACCAGUCAUGUGACCUGUGUAACUCGUUCAUCUGGGGAAUGGAGAAAGCCUGCAUAUGCAGCUCCUGUAAGAUGGUGUGUCACAGGAAAUGUCUCAGUAAAAUAAUUACAUACUGCUCAAAACACACCAGCAGGAAGCUUGAAUGUGGUAAAAGCACUGUUCAUUUUGGAGUGCCUGUGGGUGCUUUGACCAGCAGUGAGACGCCUGUGCCGGUUGUGAUGGAAAUGAUGAUGGCUCAUGUGGAGCUGCAGGGACUUUACACUGAGGGGAUCUACCGCAAGUCUGGAUCAGCCUGCAAGGCCAAAGAGCUCCAUCACUUGCUGGAGACCGAUCCCAAGAGGGAAUAUCUUGAAAACUACCAGAUUCACACGGUCACUGGGCUGAUUAAAAGCUGGUUACGGGAACUUCCAGAUCCCCUGAUGACCUUCAGCCUCUACAACGACUUCCUUUACGCUGUUGACCUGCCAGAGAAAUCUGAAAGGCUCCAAGCAAUUUACAGAAAAGUAGAGGAACUUCCUACUCCGAAUUACAACACUUUAGAAAGACUUAUCUUUCACCUUGUCAGAGUGGCAAAGGAGGAAUCUCAUAACCGGAUGUCUGCAAACUCUCUCGCUAUAGUGUUCGCUCCGUGUGUUCUGCGCUGUCCCGACAAUUCUGACCCGUUAUUGAGCAUGAAGGACCUGUCCAGGACCACACUGUGUUUGGAGACUCUAAUCAUAGAGCAGAGCACACGCUAUGAUGAGAAAAUGAAGGAGAUUCAGCAGCUGGAACACGCUGAGGCAUUAGCCAUUAAACAGCUCACACUGCAGAGGAAGAGCACGAUCCGGGGGCAGCCGAGGAGCAAAGCAGACUCGUCUCCCCCAGACUCAGAGGUGGAGAAGACCCUGAAAGAGAGGAUCAAAUCUUUAAAGAUUGAAAAAGUUAAUCUGGCCCGCAGGCUGCCAGAGAUGAACGAUAGUACUUCUGACAACGAGACGCUGGACUCUGAGUCCAUGGCCAGCUUAGAGAGCCCGCUGGAGCACCACAUUAGCGGCGUAGUGUUGGAAGACCAGAAGAGCAAGGCCUCACAGGGCAGCACGCCUGAGGGAGCGGCGAGAGCAAGCCGAGGCAGCGAGCAAUCUACGUAUCCCUCACAGAACCAAAAUCAACUGUCCACCACAAGUGCAGGGAGCAUCCAGAACACAAGCUCCAGAACCACUGGAAACUUCUCCGACCUCGACAUCCCCUUUAUAGAUGAUGAUCCGUGAGCUGUAGUGGAAGCCUAACUUAUACGAACUCGUGUAACUCUUGUAAACAGCUUGUGAUAUUUGUUUUUAACCGUAAAUUUCACUCUCUAGACCUAGCGGUCCGAAGAGGGACAUGGUGCAAAUGUGGUCCAUUUGGAUUAACUGUUUUUGUGAUUCACAAAUAAUAAAUUAUAUAUAUAUUUUGGGUCUUAGAGGCACAGUCACACAAAUAGGCCAUGUUGUUAGGGUAGGAAAUAUGAGUGGACAAAAAGAACCAGCUUUCUUUUAGAUGUGAUUCAUUUAAAUGCAAGCCUUGCCACUGCUUCACUCAAGGUGGCGCUGUAGAGCUAUCCGGUAAAACCAUCUUGGACUAUUUUCAGACUGCAGGCAAAUCUGAUAUAUAUAUAUAUAUAUAUAUAUAUAUAUAUAUACCGUAUUUUUCGGACUAUAAGGCGCACUUAAAAACUUUUAAUUUUCACAAAAAUUGACAGUGCGUCUUAUAAUACGGUGCGCCUUUUGUAUGGAUUUUACUCGUCAGGUUGUAAGGAGCAGUAAACACACACUCCGUGCAGCGUUAUAGAGAGUUUCAAUGCUAUACAGAGUCCAGAGCCGUGCAGCUCCGAGGCUGAGCAGCAAUAGCAUUAGCUAGAUGCUAACCGCUAAGCUAGCUAGCUUAUUCACUGAGAUCAGUAUUAUCUAAAUUUUACUCGUCAGGUUGUAAGGAGCAGUAAACACACACUCCGUGCAGCGUUAUACAGAGUUUCAGUGCUAUACAGAGUCCAGAGCCGUGCAGCUCCGAGGCUGGAGCAGCAAAUAGCAUUAGCUAGCUUAUUCACUGUUCAGAGAUCAGUAUUAUCUAAAUUUUACCCGUCAGGUGUAAGGAGCAGUAAACACACACUCCGUGCAGAGCAGCAAUAGCAUUAGCUAGAUGCUAACCGCUUAGCUAGCUAGCUUUUUCACUGUUCAGAGAUCAGUAUUUUCUAAAUUUAGCACUUUUAAUACUGCUGGAGCAGUAUUAUUAGAGUUAGAUGCUAAUCGCUAAGCGUUCACCGUUCAGAGGUGAGUUAUCGGCCUGUAAGUCUGUGCUGCUUUGCCUGGCUAGCAUUAGCUAGAUGCUAAGCGCUAACUCUCUCAGAGGUGAGUUUUAUCAGCCUGUAAUCUGCUUGUUUACAGUGUUAAAACAAGCUACGGGGGACGAAUCGCUAGCUAAUAUCUCACUGUCUUACCAGAACACGCAGGAUUACUCAGUGUAACGCUGUCGUUUAAGUUUGGGUUAACUUUACUAGUUUAGGUGACUAGCUAGCGUGCUAGCGGAUAGCUAUGCUAACGCUGGUGCAGCAAGCCUUAGUGGACAUCUGGAAAUCUAAGCUUACUGUAAAUAAACUGAAGCACGUUACUCACCCAAAUAAACAGUUUUCAGGAGAGGAAUCUGUGUAGAUUAAUAUCCAGCACUCGUUUGACUUUGAAAUAGCUAGAUUUGUAUACUGAGACGCUCCACCGGCAAGCGACCACCCCCGGUGGGGGAAGGGAAACAUGGCGCCACCCCUGUUCACUUUGAUAUAGGCACCCUUUCUAGUGUCACUUAACGCGCCUUAUAAUGCGAUGCGCCCUAUGUAUGGAAAAAUAGCAGAAAAUAGGCGUUCUUUGAUAGUGCGUCUUAUAAUACGGUGCGCCUUAUAGUCCGAAAAAUACGGUAUAUAUAUAUAUAUAUAUUAAAGUCUGCUUUGUUAUUUGCAAGGGGGGGAGGUGAAAUUGAUAUGUCUGAACAACACAAACGUAUCUGUAACGAGGUCAGCUUCAGUAACUAACCAUUAAUGCUUUUCUUAGACCCCCAUGCUUCAGUUACCCUGGAUUUAAUGAGGUCUGUGUUUGCCGUGUUGCAAAUGAUAUAAAAGACAGGGUCUGAUUGAUUAUAAAGAGCAUCCACAUGAGUCUGGAAAAAUCCGUAUUUCAUUUGUGGGAAUCAGAGUUGCAGGCUGUUCAGUCUAUCAGAAAUCUGAAUACAAAAUACAUAUUCCAACAAUUAUACUUGUUGUCUUAACAUAGCCUUAGAGACAAGAGGCAUUGACCUCUGUAAGUCAAAUAGCAUUAAGAAAACUUUCACACUCUUAAAACACACAAUCAUUUAGAGACACGUUCUUUUUCCUUUUCUUUAGAGUUGAACACAAUUUUAUACCCAUCAACCAUAACAUUAAAACCACCUGCCUAAUACUGUGCUCGGUAUUAUUCUUAGACAUUGACUUCUCAAGGAUUCCUGUCAUCUCUGUACCGCUUCAGAAGUUAAUUCCCAUAAGUUAUGAAGUGGGGCCUUAAUGAGCAUCAUUCAGUCGUGGAUGUCUAAGACUCUGUCACCAGUACAACUUGAAGCACUUUUGGUAGGUACUGACCACCCCAUACCGGGUACACCUGACAAGACCUGUCCGAUGUUUUGCAGGUAUUCUGACCCAGCUAUCUAGCACAUUACAAUUUGGUUCUUGUUUUUUUUUUUUUGCUUUAACACAUCAACUUCAAGAAUUGACUGUUUACUUGCUGCCUAAUAUAACCAGACCCUAGGCAGAAGCACUUGGAACCAGAUGAUCAGUGUUAUUCCCUUCAGUUAGCAGUGGUUAUAAUAUUAUGACUGAUCGGUGUAAACUGUAUUUGGGCAAUACAGGCCCCAAUAAAUAAUGCCUAAUGUUCAUGCCUGUUAAUAGUUAAUAAGUAAUAUUCUUGCUGUCUGUAACAAAACCUUUAGUAUUUCCAUAAACAUUAAUGUUACAGGUUAAGCAAAUACCUUUAACUAUUUUCAGUGUAAGUCAAUGUACCUGGGAGGAGUUUGAGAUCAUUUUAAAGCAUUACUCUUUGUCCACUCACAAUAAAUUGAAACAAAAACAAUAAAAACAUUAAAAUUAUGUCAAAAAGCAAAAAAAUUUAAAUAUAAAGAAGACCUAUUUUUACUGUUCAGGGAUAUAAACAAGCAAUUCAGUUACACAUAUUUAAAACAUGUAAUUGUUGGUGAAAGGACACAUUAUUGCAUUAAUAUUAGCCUUCAUUUUCUUCCCUUUCAAUUAAAAGGGAAAUGUAUGAAAAGGAACACACAUACACGCACACAAUGCAUUUUUUCAGCAUUAUUAUAAUAAUUGUUGUUGGCACCAAUUUGCUCAUCAGGGAAACAGUACUGUAUAUAGAAACAAGGUGUAAAAUUUCAUUUAUAAUUAAUUAUCAUACAAUUAACCAUUAUUUUCAGUGUUUCCUGUGUAUAUUUGCAUUUCUAAAGCUAAAGUUAUAAUUGUUACUUGGUUGAUAUGUGCUGAUAUGCAUGUUUGAGCUCUGUCACUUAUUCUAUUUUUUAUCUAGUUAUCUUCUAGAGUUUAUAUAUCCUGUGAUGAUUUUGUUUCUUAUUAGUGAAUGACUUGACUCAGAACUUCUGUAACGCAGAGUUUUGGGAUUCAGCCUGCAGAGUUCACCUGUAAAAAGAAGCCUCAUGAACAUCUCAUAAAUGUUGCUCUGUUUUAUGGACAAUAAAACCUAAGCAGUCCAUCUCA